AGGAGCAACAUUACUCUGCACAGACCCAGCCAGAACAGACGGCCAGCAGUGAUCAGAGCACCUACAGGCUUGCAGAUGUGGAAGGAGCGCUGUGCAAGUUGUAGUCCUGGUUCAGCGCAGUGUGUAUGGCCCGUGAGCUGUCUGUCAUCCUGCGUGUUGUCAUCAAUCGCCUUAAAUGACUGUAGCUGUCUUCCAAAAUUAUCCAAAGGACUUCUGCAUCCUGCGUCCCAUGAGUAUCUGGCCCAGUGAUUCAACCCCAAACAGGAGCUAGAGGAAGCAGUAGAAAAGAGGGCCAUGGCGGUAAGCCUGGGCCAGGAUGUCAGCUGUCUCCUGCCUUUCUUGUUCUUGCUACUGAUGAUCACAGUGUCACCCUCUCAGGGUCAAGGAUGUCCCCAGCGUUGUGAGUGCAUUGCAAAACUCAAGACUGUGUCCUGUUAUGGUAAACGCCUGUCUGCACUGCCAGAUGGCAUCCCUCUGGACACCAAGAUCCUGGACCUAAGUGGGAAUAAACUUCGCUGGGUAGAGCAUGGUGAUCUGCUUCCGUAUCAGCGUCUUGAAAAGCUGGACCUGAGUGAGAACAUGAUCAGUGUCCUGGAACCAAAUGCUUUUUCUAGUCUCCAGAACCUGCAGUCGCUUUCACUGAGGGGUAACCAAUUGAAACUGGUCCCCAUGGGGGCUUUCUCACGUCUCUCCAACCUAACUUCAUUGGACCUCAGUGGAAAUAAGAUUGUAAUUCUUUUGGACUUUACUUUCCAAGACCUGAAAAGUCUAAAAAACCUGGAAGUUGGAGACAAUGAUUUAGUUUAUAUUUCCAACAAGGCCUUUCUGGGUCUAGUGGGGUUGAGGGAACUGACCAUUGAGAGGUGCAACCUGACUUCAGUGUCCAGUCAGUCUUUGUCUUACCUACAUAAUCUGGUGACUCUUCGGCUCCGCUACCUCAGUAUCUCCAGCUUAGAGGACCAGAACUUCCGUAAGCUUGGAAACCUGAGGGGCCUCGAGAUUGAUCACUGGCCCUUUUUGGAGUACAUUUCCCCUCACAGCCUGCAGGGUCUUAACUUAUCUUGGCUGUCAAUUACGCACACCAACAUCACCUCUGUGCCCACCUCUGCCCUACGCACUCUGGCUUACCUCACCAGCCUCAACCUCUCCUACAACCCGAUCUCUGUGUUGGAGUCCUGGGCCCUGCGGGACCUUGUUAGGCUGAAGGAGCUGCAUCUGGUCAACACAAACCUGGCAGUAGUGCAGCCAUAUGCGCUGGGCGGUCUAAGGCAAAUCCGCCUCCUUAACCUCUCUACUAACAGCCUGGUGACCCUGGAAGAGGGAGCCUUUCAGUCUGUCAACACUCUGGAGACACUGCGUUUAGAUGCAAACCCUCUGGCCUGCGACUGCCGCUUGCUAUGGAUUCUUCAGCGCAGGAAGACCCUCAAUUUUAACGGUGCUUCCCCAGUGUGUAUGACGCCCGUCGAGGUGCAGGGACGGGCUCUUAACGCUUUCUCUGACUCGGCCCUCUUUGAUCACUUUACUUGCCAGAAGCCCAAAAUUCGCAACAGGAAACUGCAGCAGAUAUCUGCCCGCGAGGGGCAGGUUGUGUCAUUCAUUUGCAAAGCAGAAGGUGAGCCCACACCAGUGGUAUUCUGGAUCUCUCCUCAGCGCCGCCGCAUCACCACAAAGAGCAGCGGCCGCCUAACUGUGUUACCAGAAGGCACAUUAGAAAUACGGUACGCCCAGGUAACAGACAGUGGAACCUACAUCUGCAUAGCCAGCAAUGCUGGUGGAAAUGACACCUAUUUUGCCACACUUACAGUUAGCGGCCUGCCACUAGAUGCAGCCCUUAUGGCCAAUCGCACUUACUAUGCUGGGGACCUCAAUGAUACAAAUUUGAAUGACACCAGAGUUUUCUUAAAGUUUACUCUGGACCUCAAGACCAUCCUCAUAUCCACAGCUAUGGGCUGUAUCAUGUUCCUGGGGGUAGUUCUCUUCUGUUUCAUUCUGCUUUUUGUGUGGAGUCGAGGGAGAGGGCAGCACAAGAACAAUUUCUCAGUGGAAUAUUCCUUCCGAAAGGUGGAUGGACCCGCCGCCAGUGGAGGACAGGGCGGGGCACGCAAGUUUAACAUGAAAAUGAUUUGAUUAUUCGGAUCUGUUUCUCUCAUUAGUAUUCUUUCCCUGAUACUGUUUACGAGCAGUCUCUAUAUAAAGGACACAACUGUAUAUAUGACAAAAAGGAAAUCUGUAUGGAUUUGAUAUAUUUCUAUUGCUUUGUUGUGUGUUUGCAUUAUUGUGCAGAAAAGUAAAGCUAAAUUAUAGUUAAAGACGUCUCAAAAUGUUGAAUAGACUGUUAAAAAACAAAGCGACAGAAGCACUCAGAGUCCCACCAGUCUUUAACCUCGACAAAGCUCUUGCCAAUUCCACCCUUCUUCCCUACAAGGAACUCUGUCCUCUUCAUCUUUAAAGGACUUCACCUCUCUGCUCCAUCUGAGGUGAUUCAAGCUCUCUGUCUCCAAAGUCAUGAAUACAUUAUAACAGGGUGGUGCUCAAUGAAUGCCAAGGACUUGCCAAUAUGUAUUUGAAUAGUACCAGCUAUAUACUGCAUAUUUAGACUCAUUUACAGUCAGGACCUUAGAGCACUAUUGUGACAUUAAUAUAGAGGCUCUGCUUUUUUUCUGAUGGUAGGUUUGUACAGAAUACAUUUGACACCAAGAGACUACUUUCCGCAACACUGCCAAUUUGACCGUAAAGCACCAUGUAAUGUCAAUGCAACUCUGUGAUAUCUCAUUGGAUAAAACUAAAAGUUGGUGAAAGCUGUUUUUAAACUAAAAUGGGACUCUACAGGUUAAGCUACAAUUAAAGGACCCAAUGAACAUUUGUGUGGUGACAAAUCAGUACAUGCAAAUGCACACUUGCUAGUUAGGUUUUCCGUUGUUGUCUUCUCAGUACACACUAUACAAAACUCUUACCCUCUUGAUCUGAAAAAAGACUAAGGACGCAUGUACAGAGUUGGCUUCUUACUUUGAAUUUGUAUUAUUUGUAAAUGGACCAUUUGUUAGGGAGCAUUCAUCCCAAAGUUGAAUAGAUCAUACUGUAUAGGUAGGAUAUAUACUGUAUAAGAUGUAUUAUAUAUUUUGUAAUCAUUGAAGUCCUUGUGGUUGUUUAUGGUACUGUUGAGUGAUCGAUACGAUUUUUCUGUUCCACUGCAAUUCUACCGUUUCCAAAUCAGUGAUAUCCAGUCUGGAGCUUUUACAGUCUCACCUUAUCACGUCAUCAGAUAGAUAUUACACUGAGACUUGCCUGCUCCCUCCCUGAGCUCACACAACAAAUCAUGAAAGGCGUUUACAUCAGAUUUCAGUUCACCUGCCUAUUUUUGGCUGUAAGUGACAGUGGGGAGGCUUGGCUGACCAGCGGGGGAAGGCGUUAAGUAGGUUUUCAUCAGGACCUCGAUGUGGUUGAGACACGCAGGGAAAAAUGCUAAUGUGAUAAAGACCUCGCAGACUGGAACAAAAGUCACAAUGAAACUGAGCCAGAGAUGAGAAGGAGUUGAGGUAUUCUUGGAGGACACUAUAAUCCAACGUUCUGGGUGCUAACUUUUCACAAUAUAUAUAACAUUAAGUAGAAGUGGUUAUGAAGGUAAUUUCAGUAUGAUUCAUUCAGAUGAUUCAUUCAUGAUAAAGGCUGUUUCUGUACUCCCGCAUGCAAAAAGCAGUCGUAGCACUCAGUUUUGGGCCUUCUACAUAUGGUAGUUUCAAUUCUAUAUAAAAAACAGAAACUGGGAGCAUUAAGUACAGAUUCCAAUAUAACGUUUGACAUCAUUUGGAGAGAGAUAGAAACCAUGUAAACUGUUUACAGUAUUCUAACCUCACGGUUUGUCUCUUGAUCUGUGGGUUUAGCCUUGAGAACCAAUGUCACCAGUUCAGGAAUCAGUCAUUCCUGUCAGCUGUAGCUUCAACUGCUGCAGUUCUAACAGCGUUACUCCGCUGCCCUCUGUUGGCUGUACAUGGUACUGAAUUUUCCACUAUUUCUUGAGUAAAAUAGGAUUUGACCUCCCCAAACUUCAGACUUAAUAGUAAGCCAUUUAUUCCAUUGUGAAGUUGAUGGAGUGCUGACAUGGAUCCAGUAGCAGUGGAAAUGAAAAUUAAUUUUGUGUUACAACUUCUUCUGCAGGUUAAAACAAACAGCAAGAAUUGCAGGCAGAAUAAAAAGUCCCAUUUUACUUCAUUUAGCGUUUGUGUUCAUCCACACAUACACUACACAACACAUUUUACAGACUAAUUAUUUACAAUUAUUAUUACUUAACUGUGAAUAUGUUACUGGACUGAUUUGACACCUGCUAAGCUUCAUCUCUGCAUUUCAGAAAUGUAAACAAUUGAUGGUAUUUUUCACUGUCCUUUACUGAAUUCAUCCUGUAAAUAUGGAAACCAUUGUGUCUGGAAAUUGUGCUAGACUGUUUUGUAUUGUAUUGUUUUAUAAAAAAGGAAGCACACUAUUUAUAAAGCAUGUUCUAUUAUCUGCUAUGAUGAUGUCUUGUCCCCUGUCCCAUUUUUUUAUAGCAGUCAUCCAGUCACUCAACCAUUAUGGUGGCAGUCUGAGAAGUUGAUUGAGACUCUCCAAUAAACCCGUGACCCCGCCACUGUGAAAUUUUGUGUUGCAAUUUUUUUUUAUGUGUUUUCGGGGGGGAGUUGUCAUAUUUAGAUUUUCUUAAAUGACUUAAAUCAGAUGGAUGGAUGUCCUGUGUACACUACACCUAAAGAUAUACUGCUUAGAACAAAAUGUACUUGUCACAA